CUAACUCUUCAAUGUGCAAACUCAAUAAUAACCUCUCCCUUAUUUCGUUAUCUACCUACAGCAAAUCCUACCAGGGCAGGAGGAGGAAGGGAGUAUCCUGGCUCAUCUGAGGUGAUUCGUGAAUCCAGCAGCACAACAGGCAUGGUAGUUGGGAUCGUGGCGGCAGCAGCGCUGUGUAUCCUCAUUCUCCUGUAUGCCAUGUACAAGUACAGGAACCGAGACGAAGGAUCGUACCACGUAGACGAGAGUCGAAACUACAUCAGUAACUCAGCACAAUCCAAUGGGGCUGUAAUCAAGGAAAAACAGCCCAACAGCGCUAAAAGUUCCAACAAAAACAAGAAAAAUAAGGAUAAGGAGUACUAUGUCUGAUCUCAACAUCUAAAUGAACGCUUGUAUAGAAAUAGUCUUCAUUUUAUCUGAGACAUAAUACAAACUUAUUUACUUUACUUUUUAUGAAGCACAUUCAAAAACAAACAAAAAAGACAGGGAAUGCAAUCAGAAAGGAAAGACUGUUUUUAAAAACAAGCAUUUCAUGCUCUUGUUUUUCAGAAACAGGAGCUGAUAAAUUCCCUAACAUCCACAGUGUUUUCAUUUACUCUGCCUGUCUUUAUGUUGCUGGAACAGUUCUGAAAGACAAUGAUGGCACCACGCAUUCAUAAAGCAAGGAGUAUUACUACAACAUCAAGGCACAAUAUGAAACAAAACAAAUUUAAAACAAAACAAAACAGGAAAAAAAAAACAGAAAAAGAAGCUACCUAUGAUUCUGGAUUUAGCCAAAGUGCUAGUGCUUUCUUGAGAAGUGAGUUAGUCUUAUUGUCAGAGAAGACUGUCAUUAUAUAUGGUGACUCAACAAGCAAACAUAGACAGUUUGCCGUCUGGUGCAGUGAAGCAGUGAUUGGAAACUUGCAUUUGAAACAAAGUGCUGGCUUUUCUGAAGACUUAUGUAGAAAUACUUUCAAAAAGCCCCUUUCUGGUUGUGAGGAAAAUAGUACGGAGGCCUUAUUUUCAAAAACAAAACAAAACAAAAAAUCUGGAAUAUAAGGCACAUUUCCACAAAAAUAAAAAAUAAAAAAAGAAAGAAAGACGAGGAAACAAGAGGGCAUAGAUGCAAUCAUUGGGAAAUUUUCAUGCACGCUUAAUAUGUUAUUACAUAUGUUUAUAUAAAAACACAUCUAUAUGUGCUUUCUGGACUGUGAUAAGUGAUGUUUUAUAGCCUGUUGUAUAGAAAAUGCAAACUAUAUCCGCUCUUCAGCCAUUUUUGGUAAACUCAAUGUUAUAAGUGUUGCUAGGUAUAGAGAGUUUUAUGACAUCUGGAGCAACAGACAUACUUCAUUUUUUUUGCAGCCAUUAUAAAUUGUCACAGACUUUUUUUUCCUUUGAUUUUUCUUUUUCUUUUUUUCAUUUUAAUUUACAGUGUAGUGGUUAUACUAAGGGGGACGUGUAUGAAUGUAUAUAAGAGUCAGCUAAUUUUUUUCUUACCUGUACAGCCUCUAUUCUGUUGCAAUUAAGUUCUCGUAGUUUGUAUGAAAGAAGUGGACUAGAAAGCAAAAAUAUAUAUCUAUUGUAAUUUUUCUUCUCCCUCCUAUCCCCAUCUCUCGCUCCCGAUUAUGCAUCAGUGAAGUUGAUCAGAAUAGCCAAUUUUCCAAAAAUAUACUUUCAUUAAUUAGCUAAAUAUUUAGAGACUGGUCUUUGGCUUACAGUCAGAGCUUCACUAUUGAAGAGCAUGGUUUGCCUUACAGGAACCACUUCUUACAAAACGAUGAGAAUGAUGAGUUUCUUGAGAAUCUUAGGAAGUAUCAUAUAGUGUUGAUCUGGCAUUCAGUUUUACGAACAACAGUUACUUCAGCAUUGAAUGGUAUAAGAUCUACAAAGACCCAUUUUAAUUAUCCAGGCUGAAUCUACUGCAGAAUUUACCCCUUUCUCCGAAAGAAAUAAUGUCGAGGUGCACGAUAGUGUUUUUCAAUGGUGGGCAUUUUGACACAUAAAAAAUAUUAUUUAGCUAAGUUGAUUGUGCAGUAUUGCAAGGCAUCAUAACCAGAUAAAUAUAAGUUCAUCAUGUUUUAAAAUAAUAGCUUUUCUCGCAUAUAUAAAGCAUUAAUGCAUUUUAGUUAAAUGUAUUAAAUCUAAUGCUAUAAUUUACAUGUUAAAGGGUUGUUUUGAUUUUUUUUUUUUUUACAGUAUUGUUUUGUUAGGUUCACAGCAAUAAAUCAUAGCGUAACAUUUUAUUUACAUGGAAGUUCAAAGGGAAUACAUUAGACAGAAAGAGGGUAGUUUGAUGGAAAUCAACCAAAUCAUUGGAAGGCCUCCUGAGACGGAAUAUAGAUGUUCACACUUUACAGGCAGGAAGAAGGAAUAUAAAAUCAGCUUUAAACAGCAGGCACAAAACUGGUACAGCUAUCUGUCUGGGAGUCAGAGCACUUUAAAAAUACAUGUAGCUGACACAAAAAUGCCUCUUUUGAAGGUUGCCAACCACAACAAGGUGUGUUAUGUUCUAUUUAUGAAAUGAUUUUUUUUUUUUUCUUUUCAGAGAAAU